AUAAGCUCCCUGCUUGUGAACUUGUUGCAUUUCAGGUCUACGUAUUAAGAAAAGGAACUGCUACAAUAAUAAUAAUAAUAAUAAUAUUAAUAAUAAAUAAAUAAAACAUUCACUCCAGCCAUGAACUGGAUUGGACUUCUUCAGGGAUUUGGGAUUCUUCUGAUAGUCUCCAAUGCAAAUGUUGGAGCAAAGUCCCAAAAUGUGGACGUGCCUUUCCCGCCAGCAUGGCCCACGGCGCUCAACCAGGCGGCCAUUUGUAGCCAAGGUCAGGGUCGCCCAAGGUACCCGGACAGCUUCUUCCCGAGGUCGGGGGCGGGACACUUCAAGCGGCGCGGGAAGGCCAUCAACCGUCUGGAGUCCUGGUACGCUCUUUGCUGCGGUCUGGAGGGAGAGGACAGGGACAUCGGCGUACUUUGCUGCGCGAGGCAAGCUUGGAAACAGGCUCUGGGUCAGUUCUGCAUUGAGGAGUACGGCACCAUGACGGCGCACUACGAGUGCUGCAGGAAGUACGGUGACCAACGCUGGACCUGCUUUGACAGCAACCUGUCAAACCCGGACUAUAAUGCCACACCGGACUACAAUGCGCCCGCAAUGCCCUACGAGCCCGGCUUCACCUUUGACCUGAAUGCUUGCUAAAGGUGCUCAGAAGACGAGAAGCGCUUUCAGCCAACCGGAGUGUUCGAUCCGGCCUGCCGUGCAACUCUAAAACCAAAUCAAGAAUCAAAGGAACUUUCUCUUUUUUUAAAGCCUCCAAAAAUGUAACUCACAAGUUUGCCAAUCAGCAAUUUUAUUUGAUUUGUUUUAUUUUUUCCAACUCAUUCAACGCACACACCAAUAAAACCAAACAAACAAACAAAAAAACUAUUACGAGAAAAAAGUCAUAUUUUUGGGAUUUAAAAAAAAUAUAUACAUUUUACGAUCAAAGUUGAUUCAAAAAUGUUAUAUUUGAGAUUACAGUUGUAAUUUUUAAAUCAAAAGGUGCGUAUUUUAAAGAAACAAAUAGUAUAUUUUCAAGAAAUGUCAUAUCUUUUACAUAAAAAGGUGCAUAUUUUUAAGAAGAAAAUCUUGAUAUUUUCAAGAAACGUCAUAUUUUUUCGAAAAAAGUUGUCUUUUUAAGUAAAUACGACUUUAACCUAGGAAAUAUAACUUUUUGGGAGAAUAUAUGACUAUUCUAGUAUACAGUUCAUAGCUCGAAAAUAUAUUAUAUAUAUAUAUAUAUAUAUAUAUAUAUAUAUAUAUAUAUAUAUAAAUAUAUUUUCCCGACAACUUUAAUUUUUAAGUUAUACAAUUUUUAAUCUCGGAAAUAUACAACUUCUUUCUCGAACAUAUUACCAAUCUAUUUUCGUAAUGUUAUGACUUUAAUUUCGAAAAUAUUCGACUUUGUUCUGAUAAGAUUCUGACUAUCAUCAAUGUAUUUUUUUUCAGUGUGCCACUUGUAGUACUUCCUGCCUCGUAUUGUUUAUUGCAUGAGUAUUUCAUAUUUCAUAUUUUUCCACUUAAUUCUUUUUUAAAAUACAGUAGAAGUAAAUGUUUGUGUCGCUGCAAUCCAUACUAUGUCCACAAGAGGUCCCUGUUUUCAAGGUAAAAGAUGCCUUCGGGACGUGUCUUUUUUAAGGUUGUUUAUAGUUUAUCCCGAAUGAAAAUGUGUACUUGAAAAUAUAAUAAACCAACAAUUUUCAACUCUGA